GUGGGCAUACCGAUCUUCACGCAAAGUCAACAGCCAUUUCAAUGGAGGGGAAAGGACCGCCCAGUUUCACAGUUCUUCAACCGUAUGGAAGAUAUCGGGCUUAAUCGAACCGUGUCUGUUCAAAUACCCUCUCACCCCCUACAUAAGGCAUCUUGCGAAAGGAAAACACUUCUGGAUGUCCGAGACCGGUUCCUUCUGCAGCGGUUGACAAAUAACCCCUGGAAUCUUCUCGACCUUCAAAGCCCGAUACCUUCAGCCCUGCCAUCUUUCUUGGAAGGAGAGAAUUGUCAGCUUCUCCUCCGAAUACGCGAUGCAGUUCUGAUGGGCAACAGUGCCGAAAGGAUAGCGGCGCCCGCCCAAGAUUGGAACACUUGGCGUAAUGUUACAGACUGGGCGCUCCUGUCAGAAGGGGGCCAUAAUACGGCACCGCAUAUGGAUAGCCACGGUUACUCGACCUGGAUUACGGUUCAGGAAGGGCGUGUGGGCUUCGGGUGGAUGUCCCGACCAAGACAGCAGGAAGAAGAGGCGUGGAUGUCCGAUCCACAUAACUUUACAGGAGGAGAUUGGAGAUACUUCGUCCUUUCACCUGGGCAUACAGUAUUUUUUCCCUCCGGCACCAUCCACUUUGUCUUUCGGGUACAAGGGGAACAGACGUUUGCGCUGGGUGGCCAUAUACUUCAGUGGUCUGGAGUUGGUCGUUGGCUUGAAGUGGUCGUCACUCAGAUGAAAACCCCGGAAAUCACGAACGAGGAUAUG